CCAUUACUCCACACUGACUGUCGAUUGGACUAAAUAAGGCAAAUCAGUAUUGCUAGGCUGUUAACAUCUGUUGCUAAGGAACUAACAGUAAUGGCAGACAUAGCUUAAACAUCGAUGAACAGAAUGUGUUUAACCUGCUAAAAUGAUGUGUUUUGCUCAGGUUCAAUGACAAAGCCUUCAGUGUCCUUGGUGUCCAGUUAUCCUUCAUUUCUACCUGGUGAAGUGGCCAACAUCACCUGCACUGGCCCCUCCAGACUGCACACCAGCACUGAUUUCUAUCUGUACAGAAGUGGUUCUGGAAACUACAUCACAACACAGAGAGCUGCACCUUCACAGACCAGCGUGACUUUCAUUCUGUCUGACCUCUCUGAGUCAAAGCAAGGCAGCUACAGCUGUGUGUAUAAAGUACAGGGGAGAAGUGAGACCUUCAGCUCACCUCACAGUGACCCUGUACACAUCGCAGUGGUGUUUCUGAAGCAGCCACACAUCUCUCUGAGCCCGGCUGGCGGUGCUGUUGAGAGAGGAAACAGUUUUGAAAUCACUUGCAGCUCUGCAGAACGCUACACAGAGAGCACCUUCCUCCUCUUCAGAGUCUCUGCAGGUUUCAAUGAGAGAUGGAACAGAUCAGCACCAACCAUCAACCAGUCUGCCCUCUUCAGCUUCCCUGCUGCAGACUCCACACAUGAGGGGAAUUACUCCUGUCAGUAUCAGACCCGGGUAUCGGGGAGAGUGUUUGAAUCCCAGCUGAGCGAGAUGCUCCACGUCACAGUCACAGUAUCAGUCCUGAUUCCAGUCGUGUCUGCUGUCAGUGCUGCUGCAGUGCUGCUGCUCUCAGUAUUUCUCAUACUCCUGAGAUGUAAAAAGAGAAGGACAGACAGCAGAGAGGAAGUGAGGAGCGCUGCAGUCAGGAUGAAUUCAUACGUUUCCAAAGGCGCUGGUAACCUGCACUCUGAGGAUGCUGAUGAGGUCUAUGCGAACACUGAGUUUUUCAAGGAAGAUAAAGUUGACCAGGACUAUGAAGAGAUGAGAGCUGAGUUUUUCAAGGAAGUCACAGAUGACCUGGGCUAUGAAGAGAUAAGCGAACCAGAGUAUGAAAACUUUGAUUUCAAUCAGGGCAAUAAGGGGGGAGCUGAAGAAGAUGAUAUCUAUCUGGAUUUCGGUUAGCAGACAGUAACAAGGUGGAAUUGUUUUACAUUGAGGCCGGUACAGAAAUAAUCGCGAGGGGUGCUAUAGAGAUGAAACUGAAAGAGUUUGUUAAAAAAUCAAAGAAAAUCAGCUUUGACAGAUUUGCUCAAAGGCAGCGAACCAAAACAUGAUAAAUAAGGAUUUGCUAAGCUAUAGAAUGCCACUACAUUAAAGUAAAACAAAAAACAUAUAGUAUUAUUUUUCCUUCAUUUUUUAAUGGUUAUUUACCUUUAAAUUUAGAGUCAUUUUGUAAAGUGUUAUUUUAUGGUUGUAUACCGUCAGGUUUACAGUGAUUUAACAUUAAAGUUUUUAACCUUCACAAUUUACAGAGGUUUUGUAACAUGAUUUAAAUGUUUGUAACACAGUGUUAAAAAUGUGCUGAGUGUUCUCGACGCUUUGGCUGGGUUUAGAAUUAUUUUAGUAUAAAUAAGACCGAAGUUGAGUAAUAUUUUCAAUAUACAUACACACAUUAUCAAUAGAGGCUUUAUCCUAUAAAGCCGUGGUUUUCAACCUGCGGGUCGUGAAGCAUGCUCAGGUGGGUCGCCACAAUUUGGAUUUGGGGAAGAUUACAUUUAACAAUUAUUAUUACCAUAUAAUACUUACAUUUCUUAGCAACCCUAGACCCUGCCUUAGGAUCUGAAAUGAUCCUGUUGCUCUGAACCACAGUUGUUGUUGUUGUUGUUAUUAUUAUUAUUAUUAUUAUUAUUAUUAUUAUUCAUGUUCUGGUCAGUCUGCUGUUGCACAGACUUUGGAUUGUGUUGAAAAGAUAAAAAGAAAAGCAAAUGUUUACUGGUGGGUCAUUGAGUUAAAAAGAUUAAACUCACUGCUCUAGAUGGGGAUUUUCAAUAUAUUUUAUGGGAUUGGAACUGGACCUGUUUUUCACACGUGUCUUGUGUUUAGUUUUGUACAGCGUUCUGAGAUGCCUUGGCAUGCCAUAUAAGAGAAUGCAUUUGUAUUGUAUUUUAAAAUCUAUUUUACCUUAAGCUUUUUAUGGCUAUUUGCCAUUCAUAUGAACAGUAAUUUUGUAAAGUGUUAUUGUGUUAUCAUAUUGGUG